GUGUCACCAAUCAGCAGAUGCUCAAAGAUCGCAGAAUGGUGUCGUUUUGCUGCUGUAUUCGUUUUGCCUAUCUUCUGGCAGUAAUCCAGCUAGCAUCAGCAACAGGCGUAUGCUACCGCGAUGUUUCCUCCACUGAGACCUACCAGGUUUACGUGUCCAUGAGCAGUGGCUACACAACUAGAUGUGGCUUAUUCUGGCGAUGUGAUAGGACCAGGUACAGAGCAGCGGUCCAACUACGAACUCGCAUUGUCCAUCGUAUUGUGCCAGUAUGCUGCAAUGGAUACCAAGGAAAUGGAGUCGAUUGCACUCCUAUAUGCACAGGGGAUUGUUCUAACCGAGGUACAUGUGUGGCACCAGAAGUGUGUGAUUGCCAAGAUGGGUGGACUGGAAACCAAUGUUCAGAAGAUUUUGAUGAGUGUGCCGCUGGAGUGUGUACCAACUGCACAAACAGUGUUGGUUCGUUCCAGUGCACCUGUCCUGAUGGCAUCACUCUCUCCCCGGGCCAGACUUGUGUUGAUCCACCUGGAAUGAUUUCUACAAGUCAUAUCACUUCUAGGUCUAUACUUAUCAGCUGGGAGGCCCCCACGAUUACUCAACAAGAUGAACACUUACAAAACUAUGCUCUCUCUUGUUCAGCUAGUGGAACCUCACAUACAGAAGCCCCUAUGACUAUCGAGUCUUCAGAAACCUCAGUCACUGUACCUAACCUUGCUCCAAACACCAUCUACACAUGUUGUAUAAGGGCCAUAACAACAGCUGGACAGUCCCCCAAUGUUUGCACAAGGAACUCUACUCUGGAAGAUGUGCCAUCUACACCUCCUGAGAAUGUGACAGUUGUAGCAGUGAGUCCCUUUGCAGUGGAAGUGGAGUGGAACCCGCCAGCCACACCAAAUGGGGUCAUCAUUCACUACAAUGUUUAUACUUCCAACCUAGUACUAGUUGACACAGUCAACAGCUCACAAAGAAACUAUGUCUACAGUGGACUAACACCAUAUCAGAAUGUUAGUGUGUGUGUUUCUGCCAGUACAAGUGUAGGAGAAGGCCCAAAGUCACAACCAGUAUCUACCAGAACAAGAGAAUCAGCUCCCAGUGAAGUUGAGAGUUUUGAGGUGGUGGCAGUGUCUGAAACCUCGUUCAAUGUCUCUUGGAAUCCCCCUCGCUUGCCCAAUGGAGUUCUGACUGGUACCAGCUGACAGUCAUUGACUUGGUAUUUGGAAGCGGUUCACCCACCACAACCGUUUCACCCAACACACUUGAAGUUGCCGUAAACAGUGGUGUUGGUAGGUCUUUAUUGUGUUAGCUUGUAGGGUCUUAGCUACUUGUUGUGCUGGUGAUACUAAAUCCUCCUCAGAGCCCUAUGUUCCGUAUGAGAUAUCAGUGCGAGCUGCAAACAGUGCCGGUGUGGGAGAAGCCAGAGAGAUUGUCAUAUUUACCAAAGAAGGAGUUCCUCUGGUUGCACCAACCAUACUCGCUCUUCAAAGAACUAACUCAACCUCUGCACUGAUAGAGUGGAAACCGCUGAGACCUCAAGAUUUGAGGGGAAAUCUGACCUCUUAUCUCUUGGUGUAUUCCAAACAGAGCGACUCCUGUCCCACUGUCCCUGAGGGCUAUGAAAACAGCACAUCAGUUGAAGCUCUUUCUCCAGCCUAUUCCCUCACAGACGUGUUGGAUCCUAGACACAAGUACUGUGUUGGUAUAGCUGCUGUGACUGGUGCUGGGGCUGGAGUCUUUAGCUACAAGUCUGUGUCCUGGUUUGACUCUGCCAGUUUUUCAUUGGUUAUUGAGGUGACUCUCUGCUCCCAGUGGAUUGAGGAGCUGCCUGUAGACAAAGCAAGAGACCUAACUGUUGAAAUAAGUCGUGGAAUAUCCCAGUAUUGUCAGUGUGUGUUCACGAGCGACUACCUCACUGAUACCAUGUUCAUAUGCGACGAUAGCAGAAGAGAUGUGGUGAGAUUUGAGGGCCAAAUAAUUGGAACGAAUGAGCAGGACAGUGGCAGUCUGAAGGAGAACAUGCAGCAAUGGGUCUCCAGUGAACCAACUGUGACAGUACAAGAGGAGCAGGUACAAGUAGUAAAUCCUACUGAUGAAGAAGAAACUGAGGACUCAAAUGUACCAUCAGUCGCUAUUGGAGUCAGUAUUGCAGGAGUAAUUCUUCUUGUAGCACUGGUGGUCUUUGCAGCUGUUUGUGCCACAUACAUUAGAUGCAAGCGAAAUGGUUCAAAGCAAGGGGCAGAAAGAGACCAACUGGAAAUAUCGACCAGUACUAGCAUUGACAGUCCACUGUUACAGAUCUGAAGAACCCAUACUAUGGUUAUGGAGUCCAUGCACAAGAGAGGGACCUAACUGACUCUGGAUACUCUAUCGUACAAAAGAAACAAAUGGCGGUGAAAGAAGUUGAAAACCCCACGUAUGGACUGAACGAGGUCAAGAAAGGGAAGGACCCGAUCUCAAAUCCACUGUAUGGAGCCAACACACUGCCAGGAGUGCAGUUGCCAUCGUCCAGUGGCAGUGGGCUGUACAGCGAGAUUCCUACCAGCAGGGAGGAGUGCUUUUAUGAAGAAACGAAACACUUGUAGUCCUUUCUAUGUAGUUUUGUGUGUGUGUAGCUAAUCCUUGAAAAUUGUGUAGCUAUCAUGAAGUCAUUGCUGUGUGCUGUAGAAAUCAACACAUGACUGCCAUCUUUUAUUAUACCUCACAUUGAUUGUAGCGUGAAUGUCAUUUAAAUGUUGAUUCAUAGGUGUGGCUAGGUCCUAUAUACAGUAGUGCUGAUAAACAAUCCACAGUCAACUAAAAGUAUGAACCUUGAGAAGUUC